UCAUACCCUGCUCACGCUGUUUUUCCUUUUCUUUGGCGCUUUGUAGUUACGCAGUGCUAUGCCAGAGCCAGCGAAGUCUGCUCCCGCCCCGAAAAAGGGCUCCAAGAAGGCGGUGACUAAGGCGCAGAAGAAAGACGGCAAGAAGCGCAAGCGCAGCCGCAAGGAGAGCUAUUCCAUCUAUGUGUACAAGGUGCUGAAGCAGGUCCACCCUGACACCGGCAUUUCGUCCAAGGCCAUGGGUAUCAUGAAUUCGUUUGUGAACGACAUUUUCGAGCGCAUUGCAGGUGAGGCUUCCCGCCUGGCGCAUUACAACAAGCGCUCGACCAUCACCUCUAGGGAGAUCCAGACGGCCGUGCGCCUGCUGCUGCCCGGGGAGUUGGCCAAGCACGCCGUGUCCGAGGGUACCAAGGCCGUCACCAAGUACACCAGCGCUAAGUAAACAGUGAGUUGGUUGCAAACUCUCAACUCUAACGGCUCUUUUAAGAGCCACCCAUGUUCUCAAAGAAAGAGCUGGUGCUUGUAUUCCUCCUCUGCUGGC